CUCACUCUCGAGCCCUACUAAUAGUAGCAGCCGCCACUGCAACCUCCGUCCACCGCUACCAUGGCUGCGAUCGGCAGACUGAGAGUGGUCGCUCCGUUGUUCAGACCGCCCAGAUUACUCUCUAAUCGAGCUUUCGGAUCGGCGGCUGCCGCAGUUCAGUACGAUUAUGAUGAUUAUGAAGAAGAAGAACGGUAUGAAUUGUGCAAGCCAAGUGCCAUGGCCGAUACAGAAGGUUCCGCAUCGGAACGUGGAGUGCAGUGGGUAAUGAUAGGGGAACCAGGCUCCAAGAGGCAUGUUUUUGCUGAGAGGCUCUCGAAGCUUCUCGAAGUUCCACACAUUUCUAUGGCCACCCUCCUUAGCCAGGAACUUAGUCCUCGUUCUUCUCUCUACCAGCAGAUAGCGAAUGCCUUGGAUGAAGGAAAACUUGUCCCUGAGGAAAUAAUUUUUCGGCUGUUGUCAAAGAGGCUGGAAGAAGGAUAUUUGAGAGGUGAAACAGGCUUCAUCCUGAAUGGAAUUCCUCGCACAAGGAUCCAAGCUGAAAUUCUUGAUCACAUCGUUCAUAUUGAUUUGGUUGUGAAUUUCAAAUGCUCGGAGCAAAACUUUGAGACGAAGACUCUAAGAGCUCAAGCAUUUAAUCCUUCACGGGAAUAUCUUAGAAUGGACAGUAAGCUGUUGCGGCAGGACCCCUCGAAAUAUACCUACACUGGAAGUUCCUGGAGAGAAAAUGUCCACGAUCACGCAGAAGAGUGCAAGCUGUUGGAAGAAUACUACAGAGAGCAGAAGAAACUUAUUAAUAUUGAAGUAGCAGGGGGUCCUGGAGAAACCUGGCAGGGACUUCUGGCUGCAUUACGUCUCCAGCACAUUGACGCUCCCACUUCUUCACAGAAGUUGACUGCUUAAGGCGAGUUUACUGCAUAGAGAUAUGCAUUGGAGUGGAAUGAUGUUUAAAAGGGGUCCCGCGAGGAAAAAUGAUGCUGAAAUAUUUUUCGGGUCAUGUUGGCUAACGUAAACCAUAGAACACUCCGCUCUGUCGGGUUAUUAUCCGCGGCACAAUGGAUUUCGUCAAGUAAAUUAGGGUUUAACGUAUACCAUAGAAUGAUUUAUAUCUGAAUCUCCUUCAGAUUUUGUGUUUUUCAAUUUUGAUUGAUAUAUAUUUUUUAUUUUUCACUUGAAUUUUCAUUCAAUAUAAAAUAUCACGAGUAUCUAAAGUUAUUUACGAACAAUACAACUUAUCUCAAAUUCUGUAUAAGUGCACAUACUCUGCUCUAAGUUUCAUUGGUGUUUU